AUGGCGUCGCCUGUCCCCUUCCAGCCCGCGACGGCUGGCUGGGACGGUAACGGCCGAGCGAUAUCACCUUCUGCUGUCGCUGUCAACCAAGAUGACGAAUCUGGUCUUCAGACCAGGCCAGUCGGCCUCAAGGUCUUCUACAAGCUGGACAGUCACCUCAUGAACAACUGUCUCGCCAAACCCUCCGAGACCUUCCACGUCCAGACCAUGCCCCUCAACGAAGCCACCAUCAUCGGCGCCAUUGACCUGCGCCUGUGCAUUCAGGCCGUCAUCGACUGCAGCCCCGAGCUGACCACCCACCAGUGCGACUACACGAUCUACGCUCACGACUACUCGGAGCCUGACACGCCGCUCAUGGGUCAGGGAAUGCUGUCCACCGCCCUGCGGUCGUUACAUCACCAUGCUGGCCAGCAGCAGCAGCCAAAGAUGGUCACCGGUCUCGUCACCAAGAACAGGAUGGGGCUCUUCAUGGGCCACGCAAAUCGAGAGACGCUCGAGGUCAAGAUGGAGUUCACCGCGACGUCGAGGGCCCAGCAGCCUCAGUACCUGCAGCAACAGCCACAGCAACAGCCGCACUACGCACAACCUCCGCCAGUCGACGGAUCCAUGACGCCCACCGGUGUUGCUGAGUGGAGCUCCUUUAUGCAGUCCAACCCUCACAUCGGACAGCAGCCGGCCUCCAUCUCCCGCACCGCCUCGCCUGCCCUAUCUCAGGGGCACCAGCACCACCAGCAGUCGCAGCCGAUCCAGCCGAGGAGGGACUCGUUUACCCAGCAACCCCAACUACAGUCUGUACCGCCCCAGGAGAUCCUCCGGGUAGCACCUAUCCCCAUGGACCAGUCUGUAGAGUCGGAUCUCCCUCACGCUCCCUCGUCACGGCCGUCUAGCAGAGCCUCGAACCGAGCUCCCAGGAGGAGAGCUCCCACCGGCCGUCCGCGCGGCCGCCCGAGGAAGAAGGUCAAUGAAGGGAACACGUCCGGCUACGAGGAUGGGACCGAGGGCGAGGACGGCCCGGCCAAGAAGCGCGUCAAGACGACUGUGGUGGACAGGGCAGCGCCCAAUCCCUUCGGCACAGAGCCAGAAUCGCUCCGUGUGGCCGCCAGCGCCUCGAGCUCCCUGCGCAGCUUCCGCCCCAUCGGCCCGGCCCAGGAGGGCGGUAGAGCCCACCACCUGCAGGACGUGCCGCGGGCCCCGACGCCCGUCCCCAGCGGACCGUUCCUCGGCCGCGCAGGGGGGGCCAAGAAGGCCGCCGUCCCCUCCGCCGUGAGCCGCGAGGCUUCUCUGGGACGCCCGUCUCCCCGCUCGCAGAGGAUGCGCCCCCUGUCUCCCAGCCAAGAAGACGGGCGGUCGCCCGAGUCCGCGGUCCAGACGCCCGCCUUCUCCGACGACAGCCACAUGGACAUUGGAUCGUCGCCGCCUGUGCCGCGUACCACCUCGUUCCUCCAGUCCAGCCCGCCGCCCUCCAGCCCCAUGCUGCCGCCCAUGCCGCAGAACCUGGCGUCGCAGGACGAUGCCAUGGAGCCGCCGGACGACAACCUUCUGGGUGAGACGGCAGCGCCGCCAGCCAACGUGGCGGCAGCGGCAGCAGGAAGGUCCCUCGCAGGAGCACGUGGCGCACGUCCUGCCCCGCGCACCCUGGCUCCCGCUCCCGCUCCCGCUCCCGCUCCCGCGCCGCCUCGCAGGACCAAGAUCGGCACCAAGAGGAGCUCGUCGACCAUUCCCAUGCAGGUGUUUAGAAUGGAGGAUGGACCCACCGGUCAGCAGGACAUGGUCCACCUGGCCAGCUACAAUACUCCCGAUCCCCAGCCCAGGAAGACUACGGAUGCUACAGAGAAGCCGACAAGUCCGCCGGACCCGGUGGAGGGCCGGGAACAGGAAGGCUUCGCGUCCGGCCCUGCCCCGCUGCAGCCGAUGGGUGAGCAGAGGAGGCAGGAGGAGGAACAGCGACGACAGAUGGACGAGCAGAAGGGACGGGAGGGACAACAGCAGCCGCAAUCAGGAGAGCAGCCGCUCGAGCAGAUGGUGGCUAACAGCCCCGCGAACACACAACCCAUCGACGCCCAAGAACAGCAGCAGCAGCGGCUCCAGACGGCUGAGGAACCCGAGAAGAAGGAGCAAGAUGCGGUCAAGGCAGCGGAUAAGCCUAAACCUCGUCCCCGGUCCCGCAAGCUGGCCAGGUCACAGUCUGCCGGGGCGCUCGCACUGCCCGCCGUGCCGGCUAGCGAACCGGCCGGGCCGUCUUCGCUGUCGCAGACGGUCUCCGUGUCCAUCGAGACGGACCAGCAGCCCUCGGAGCACCCUGCCGGCCUGCGACGCGCGCAGUCGUCCGGUCCCACGGGCGCAGGUAUCCCUGCCAGCGACCCCGUCGGGCCUCCUCCCUCCACGCAGGACCGGCAACCGUCUCCGACGGUGGCCCUCCCGGAAUCCGCCAGAGGGUCUACGUCUGCCACUCCCGCCCAACGGCGACCACCGUCGUCGUCGGUGCUGGCCCUCCCGGAACCUACGGAACCCGCUGGCGACAGCGACAUGAUGAAGAACGCCAUCAAGGAGAAGCUCGAGGCAGCCAUCAAGCGCGGAGAGAUGCCCCCCUACUGCAACAACUGCGGCGCCAUCCAGACGCCGACGUGGCGCAAGGUCUACGCGCAGGAGCACACGGGCGUGCCGCCACAACACGCUCAGGAGGAGUUUUCUACCAAGCCCGGAAUGAUCACGACGAUUGAGAUACUCGCGCGCGACGGCAACGGCGAAGACACCGCCCCCACGUCGUACCGAGUGGUGAAGAAGGCGCUCGGACCUGACGAGGACAAGUCGGAGUGGCAGGUGCUCCUCCUGUGCAACCCCUGCGGUAUCUGGCUGGGGAAAUGCUAUGCUCACCGUCCCCCUGACCGUUGGGAUGGCGACGCCGCACGGCUGGGUCGCGAGAGGAAGCAUCGGUCGGCGACAAAGGGACGCAGCAAGAGCCGGAGCCAGCCGCCUAUCGAAGUCGAGGCGUUGGAAAGGGAUACCUCGGCCCCCCAGCAAUCAACCGCCAAGAAGACAGCAGCAGCAGCAGCAGCGACAGCACUGUUGGCCGAGACGGCGGAGACGGACAAGGCCCCGGAAACGGCGGGUGAAGGCCCGGCCGAGAUGCAGCUCGACGCAGCCAUGGGCCUCACGAAGCGUCUGCUCUUCCCCUCGCCGCGCAAGGACGACUCGCCCAAGGCCCUGGGCGAGCUCAACGUCAACGUCCCGGCCGCGGGUGCGUCGGCCGGCGGCCAGCACAAGGAGGCUACAGCGCAGAAGGAGAAUGCCGGGCAGGACGGACCGACACCGGCCGCACCGGCCGACGACCUGGAAGAUCUGUUCCGCGACCCCAUGCCCCCGCGGCCAUCGACGCCUCCGUCCAACCGGUCCAGGGCUGGAGGGCCGCCCGCCACGGCGUUCAAGACGCCUACCCGCGCAGCCGCCACGACACCCAACCGCCGUCCUGUAACGAGGAGCGUGUCGCGCUCGAUCCGGUCAAAGGAGUCAUCCAUGGCGACGCCCGUGGCCGACUUUCAGAGGACACCGACACGCACGCCGAGCAAGAUGCUCAGCAGCAAGCUCCUCAGCCUGAGCAACAACAAGCGUCGCAACAGUCCGAGGCAUCACAACAACAGCCACCAUAGCGUAGGGGUCCACAACAAUAUCGGCUACGGCAACCCCGGGGUCGACUUUGACGACGCCAUCUUCGACACGCCCAUGAGCCGAGCCGUCAACCAGAUGCUCUCGGAGACCAACUUUGGCCUAGACGACGAGAUGGACCUCGUCGACCUGGACUCGACUGCUGGCGGGCACGGCGGCGAUGCGGCCAACUGGGCUAGCUUCAGCACCCUUUUCAGCACGGAUGUGCCCAUGCCUAGCUCUCCUCCAAAGGACAGGUUGGCUUUUGCGGAGAGUGUUGAGUCUUGGGGGUCAUGGGGGAUGGAUGCCAUUGAUGAUAUGUGA